CAAACAAUACUAGCCAAAAUCUAAAACAUUAAACUGCCAUAAUGUACUAAAAAAUGUUGUAGUCGCGUGCAUUCAAAAUGCGGGAACAAACCAUUCAAAGGAGACCGUCUCCUAAAAAACGUUUGGUUACAACCAAAUUAGUAAAAAAGAAAAUAAAACCAAUGCUGGUCACUACUAAGAGUGUCAAGUGUAAACCUAGUCCUGUUAAAACUACAAAAGUUGUUACCGGAAAUACAACUAAAAAGAAAAUUAUUAAAAAAAUAGCAGAUGAUUCGGAGAAAAAAGAAGUUAAAAAAUCACUAGCAAAAGUUAUUACCAAAAAACCGGUGAAAGUCAUAAAAAAAGUAAUUGAUAAAAAAAUUAAUGAGACUUCAAAAUUGAAAUAG